AGCGAGGUGCAGCGAUAUUCGAACGUCAAAAACCCUCGCCAUGUUGUACGGGGAGUCAAACGACACUGCGAAGAAAAUAAGAAAAAUCUAAAUACAAAAAUAAGGUUUGUUGUCGAUGGAAGCGCGAUCAUCCUCGUAUUCUCACGUAGUCUGUUGUGAAGAAAAGAAGUGUGUUGUGUGUUAAGUAUGAGCGAGUCGUGAAGUGCUAUAUAUUAUUCCGUUUGCAAUGCAAAGAGAAAACUUUGUUCGUAUGCGUGCGAAAAUAAGUUAAAAUGUAAACAUUCGCGCUCGGACUCGGGCUCUGUGCAUUGAAACUCCGAAGUCGAAGUAAGUUUUUUUGCGUGGUUCCUGUGUACGCAUCGGAGCACAUAAACGCAAUGCAGUUGUGGCGUGUAAUAAAAAGCAUUUGCGAAGUUUGCACAACAAACGAGUCUCUAAAACGAUAGUGCGGUGCUUCGAGCAGUGUAUGUCAAUGUAACGUUGGAAGAUUUGCAGACUUGUAGGAAGAUGUAACUUUACUGGUGUGUUUUUGGUUGGAAAAUGGACCCUGCUACUGGAGUAACACCUUUAUUUAUCGCAGCGUCGAUGGGAACAUAUUGCCCAUCCGUCCCGUUUUCGUGCAUCAGUGCGUUCUGCGUGUUUCCGUGGAUCUUGCAACCAGUAUGAACUGUUCGAACGAGAAUGGAAUCAAAUUCGAUGAACAAGCAAUAUCAUUGGUUCAAAAGACGACGGAGGAUUUUCGUCAGUUGCCGACACUGACCUCACCGACAUUCGUUCUAACGGCAUCACAAACUAUCACAUCACCUAGGACGAUACCAACACCUGCUUCGCCUCCGAUCCGGAACGCCCAUCACAAUAAGCCUUUGUUUAAGGGCAUACAUCAUUCGGCUGCUACUGCAAAGGACCAAUCGCCAGUAUCAUUGGUACAACCGACAGAAGCAUUUUUCACAGUAGUGUCACUGGAAGGAACUAGCCCAAAGAAGAAACCGAGCAGUUGCUUAUAUGAGUACGAUCCUGUGACGCAACAGACGGCCAGCGGCGCUUGUCUAUCGUUUUACGAACAGCAACAGUUUGGAAACUACAGUCUGUUCGGGGAACUACCCGCAAAAGCAGUUUUAUCAAGGCCUUCCUCAUUGCCAGUUACCAAGGCAACGAUCACUAAUGAUAGGAAGCGACCAUCGAUAGACGGUGACACGAUCGCAAUGCGCGAUAGUUGGCUGUACCGGCUGCAGCGCAUAGUGGCCUCACAGCGUAGGCCCAUGUUCAGCUAUCUGCUUCCCUUGUGCCUGCUGAUCGGGAUCAUGCUAUUAAUCUACACAUUCAGAGAUACCGCCAAAGGUGUCCUGUUCUGGAUCGAAACGCAGAACACGUGGAUAAUAUUUGUCAUCUUUCUGUGCAUGUUCACCGUCGUAAGUUUUCCCGUAACGGUCGGUUAUCUAGUGCUGAUCAUUGCCAGCGGCUACCUGUUUGGGUUCAUUCGCGGGCUGCUGACAGUGGUGAUCGGCGCUAAUCUUGGUGUGGCCAUUGCGCACAAUACAAUCAAAUCGCUCCAAAGCAAACUGCCCGUACACAAGCUCAUCAGAAACGAAACCGGCCGUGCCAUCCUUCGGGUUAUAUCCGGACCAAGGGCCUUCAAAAUUGUACUCUUUGCACGCUUAACACCAAUACCAUUCGGGCUGCAAAACACCAUAUUCGGCAUAAGCUCCGUAAAUACCCGGAGCUACCAUGCCGGAACGGUAAUUGGACUGCUCCCAGCGCAAACUAUUAACGUAUACUUAGGCUCGAAGCUACGCUCUAUUCACGAGGUACUAAGUGACCACAAUGCUGCUCUGGGACUGGCAGGAUAUGGCGUAUUUGUGGUGGAGGUGAUUGUUGGCGCCGCUCUUAUGAUAUGGGUUAUACAAAAGGCGCGACUGGAACUCUCAGCAGCGCUGCUCGCUACGACCGAUGCGGAUUCGGACGAAAAAAUACUGAUCGAAAUCGAGGCAUAGUUGUGAUACGACUGUCAGUUUCGGCUCCAAAAAAUCGUUCGAGUCCUUCCACGCCAGGCUAGUGAAAUAAGUCAAUCAGUUGUUAAUAUUUGUAUUGUUCUAGGUGAUAGUGAUAUUUAUUGGUCCACCAGACCCAGCUAGCGAUUAAGGAUCCCAAACGCAUUAGCAGUCAUGUACCCAUGCACGAAACCACUGAAAACCAACAGUAAUUGCUGUAAGUCUGUAUGCACACAACGAAAAAACAUUCUCUCGUAUGAAUUAUGAUAAAGAAAGAAUCUCAAUCACACUAACCACGUCAAUCGAAGAUCAGACCGAGCACGUUCUUGACUGUCAAAAACCGUCCGUAGGCUAACAACUCUUUGUUCACCUAUUUAUAUGCAUUUUAAUUUCCAUCUGGAAUAGCAACGAACUAAUUUUCCAUAAGAGUGUGUACAAGUUGUGGCAAGUUGUGAGUUGGUGGGAUUUUUGGGAAAAAAACAAAAAUAGAACUAAACAGUUACAAGCAAGCAAGUAAGAUAGUUUUAUUUUUCUGCAAUGCAUUUGCCAACGCCGUAACUAUAUCCCAAAUGAAUGGUACAAGUCUGUAGCAUACCAAAAAUGCUGUUGCAUACGUGUAAUUUUACUAACUUUUUCAAAUGCUGGUGGAAUGCAUGUCUUCAAUAUGUUUAUACGCGGCUCAACUAAGAUUCGAACAUAUAUGUGGAAAUGUAAAACAAACAAAAAUCAUACAUGCAAUAUAUACUUGCUGAAUAAUCAUAGUUUAAUAAUUUAA